AUGUUAUAUCUUGGCGAGAUAGAACUAGAAAAAACAGAAAAUAAGCCAUCAGAAACUGUAAAGCCAAAGCCAAAAAGGCUAUCGUAUUCUCUUAAACUUGAAGAGUUUAAACAAUUUUCAUUCCAAACUAAUUUCUUUAAACAAUUUGAUUUCAAGCCUGGAAGACCAAGAAGAAAGCAAACUCUUGUAUUUCCAAAACCAAAAACCCCUAUUUCUUUGAGUAUUUAUGAUAUUGAUUCUAAAAUCAAGUUAAAAAAUAGAAGAAGCAUAGAAAAUGUUGUAGAACCCCCUAAAUCUAAGCCGGAAUCGCUACCUUAUGAUGAACGAGUCAGAAUAUUCCAAGAUUUUUCUAAACUAAGAGAUUUAACCAAUCGAAAUCAAUAUCUUAAACAAGAAAUCAUGAAAUACGAUAAUUACUUUGCAAUUCGACAGCCGAGUUUAAAUACCUGCUCAUCAUGCCCAGUAUUGCCUUCAAUAACUUCAAAUAGUCAAACUGAUUUUACAUCUCCAAAAUUAUGAAGAAGAGAUACUAUUCAGCCUUCCCCAUCGCAUUCGAAAAAGAGAGUGAAAACAUAUGAUCCAACUUCAAAACGACCGAGAAAAUCAAUUUCAAGCUAUUUUAUGUAA